CGUAGAAGAGAUGUGAUGUCAUUGGUCCUGACGUCACGGAGGGGAGGCAGAUUUCGAUAUAAAGGGAGAGUAUCACCCCUCGAGUCUGUCCGACGAGAACUAACUGGCCACUUUGAAAAGUUGUUGUUAACCGACGACUCUAUCCUAAACACAUACCACAGCAACACGGUGGUAGUUUUUACACCGCUCCGGCUCCGAGAUUAUACUAUACAGGUCAAAAUGCAUCAUAGUUGUUGCAUGUGGAUUUUAGUCAUCGCAACCGCGGUAUGGACGGACGCAAUCACAGGACACGAGGACAAAGUCGGGAUUAAAAGUCAACAGGCGCAGCAACAGCAACAAUCUGACAUUAUGCAGACAAUGGUGGACGGUGGUGGACAUCAGUCGAUCCAGAUGACAUCUCCGGCGGAAAGUUAUUUCAACGACCCACUGGGCCCGUUGGGCUAUUUGGCCAAACGCGCGCACAAGCAGUACGGUUUUGGACUCGGAAAACGUCUUUACCGGCAAUACGAGUUCGGAUUGGGAAAGCGGUCAGCGUCAAAGCAGUACGGAUUUGGUCUGGGUAAACGGGCUGCGCUCAAACAGUACGAGUUCGGCUUAGGAAAACGGGCAUCACCGACCUUCUAUAGUUUCGGUCUGGGACGGCGGGCUUCGCCACAGUACAGUUUUGGACUCGGAAAAAGAGUGUCGCACCCAUCCUUCUUAAAUGUGGACGACCGUGAAUCGGACUACACGUACAACGACUUGUCGGAGGAGAAGAAGAGGACGGCGGACGAUAUGGGUCACGGCCAGCGGUUCGCUUUCGGGCUGGGCAAACGAGGUGCGGGGGCGGAAUGGGACGACGGCGACGGUGACGGCGACGACGCGGCGCCCAUUUGGCACCCGGCCGUCAGGCGGGCUCGUCUCCAGUACGGUUUCGGGCUGGGCAAAAGGGCCGACCGCGACUAUGACGCCACCACCGGUACUGAGUACACGGAUACGCUGCAGUUGGCUGACGACGCCGCUGACAUCAACAACUAAAAGAAACGACAAAUGUUCACCUAAAAAACACACACACACACACACACACACACACACACACACACACACACACACACACACACACACAAACACACAUUGAUGCAUACAUACAACAUACAAACAUACAGUGGUAAACGUAUUGUUGGUGGAGAUUAGUGGUGGUUGGGGUGAUUAGUCCCCAAAUACAAUUUUAUAAUUUUAACAUCUGCUGAAUGUCGUCAUUUAUUAUAGCAUAUAAUAUGAGAACUAUCUUAGAUAGCUUUUAUCUUUGGCCCCGCUCCUCGACCCAUCUCGUCCUGGAAAUAAAAAAUAAUUUAUUUUAUAAAAAGUACCUAUACCUCUACCCAAUAACAAUUCAACAAUUUAACACAUUUUUGAUUUUUUGUUUUUAUUAAAGUAUUAUAAUAUAUUAUCAAAUUUCUUUAAAAUAAUGUGUUGUGAGUAUUAUAACAUAGCCAAUCGGUAGUAUUAAUAAUAAACAUACAAACAUUUAAAAUAUAGUGGUUCGAGUAUUUGUGAGCCUUUUUAAUUGAACAGAUUGUUUAAAAAUAAAAAAAUUAAGCUCCCCUAGCAUUUCACUAAAUCUCCACCUAUGAAACGUAUACGGUCAUGCAUAUUGUUUGAUAAAAAUCAGUAUCUACACGCAGCUCUCAGAAACAUAUUAUUAAAAAAAAAUAAAGAAAUAAAUUACAAUAAUAAAGACAACAGACCGAAGAUUUAUUUUUUUGUUUUUCUUACAGUGCCAAAUUAUAAUAAUAAUAAUAUAACAUAAUAUAAUAUCGAGUGUGUAUAAUAUACUCACACGUAAAACUUCCGUUUGCUUAUUAUUAUUAAUACGAUUAUUUAAUAUAUAGUCUAAGAUUAUGUCUGUAUGCGAUUUGUAUUGUUAUAAUAUUACGUGGAUUUUACGGAUGGACUUUACCUAACGGGUUAAAAUUACUUUUAUCAUUGAUUAUAGAAAGUCGUUCUUAGUCCGAUAAUCAAUUCUUAUAUAAAAAAAAAAAAUGUACAUUUCUAAAAUGCCUACAACAAUAUUACUGCGCGCUUCCCCGUAACAGUUGUUUUGAACGCCUCAAACGUAGGUGUAGUAGCAGGUAUUAUAAUUUAUUGUUUUAAUGAUCCUACCCUAGACGGGGUAUCAUUAAAAUUUAAUAUUAACGGUUAUUUAAAAGAAAUAAACAUAAUAUAUACUCCUACAUCCAUGUUAUUUUCUCGAUACUAUAUUAUUUUGCGAAGCCCAACCGAUGUCUUGUCUCCAAUAAUGAAUGGAAAUCAAAUAAGAAAAAUUUAAACAAAGUGCGUAUUAUUUGUGGGUUUAAUUUUAUAAACAAAAGAUUAAAUGUGAAAUUAUAAUUGAAAUAAAUCUCAUAUCCUUGCAGUAAUA